GUGUCUUUUUUUGUGUUUUUUAAAUAAAGCCCCACCGAUCGAAGAUGGAUGUCUCGUUUUGUCCGACCAAAUGUAGUUUUUGGAAGGUUUUCUGGCUCUGGAGCAUUUGGGGGGACUACUUGGUUUCCGUUUGGGGUUGCCCUGCCAACUGCCUUUGCAACAAGACCGACAUCAGUUGCAAAAAACCGGACGACGGCAACCUCUUCCCUCUGCUGGAGGGGCAAGAUUCGGGAUCCACCAAUGGAAAUGCCAGCAUCAACAUCACGGAUAUCUCUAGGAAUAUCACUUCGAUAUACAUAGAGUACUGGAAGAAUUUGCAGACUUUGCAUGCCGUAGACAUGGAGCUGUACACAGGACUCCAGAGAUUGACAAUCACGAACUCAGGGCUCCGAAGCAUCCAGCCGCGGGCGUUCGAUAAGAAUCCUCACUUACAUUACAUAAAUCUCUCAGGUAACCGGCUGACCACUCUUUCGUGGUUACUCUUCAAGACACUGAGGCUUACGGAAUUGAAGUUGGAAAAUAAUAUUUUUAACUGCAGCUGUGAUAUCCGUUGGAUCCAGCUGUGGCAGGAGAGAGAAGAAGCCAAUUUGCAGAACCAGGACUUGUACUGCACAAGCAUGGAGACCAGUCACAUACACAUACAGGAGCUGAAUAUCAACCAGUGUGAUUUGCCCGAGAUCAGUGUCAGCCAUGUGAAUCUGACCGUCUGUGAAGGUGAAAAUGCUGUUAUCACAUGCAAUGGGUCCGGUUCUCCUUUGCCAGAUGUUGACUGGAUUGUGGUCAACCUGCGCUCUAUCAACACGCAUCAGACAAAUGCCAACUGGACUAAUGUUCAUUCCAUCAAUUUAACCCUGGUGAAUGUAACCAGUGAAGACAAUGGGUUCCUGCUCACAUGCAUAGCUGAGAAUGUGGUAGGAAUGUCUAAUGCCAGCGUACUUCUCACUGUAUACUCUCCUCCCCGUAUCCUCAGCCUACUGGAACCUAUUCGGCAUAUGGAACACUGUAUUGAGUUUUCGGUGCAUGGGAACCCUCCACCCCAAAUUCAUUGGCUGUACAAUGGCCAGUUUCUUAGACAGACGGCCUUCAUCCACAUGGAUGUCUACCAGGGUGGGGAUAUCACAGAUGGCUGUUUGCUGUUCAACCAUCCCACUCAUUACAACAAUGGCAACUACACCAUCGUGGCUACCAACUACUUGGGAACAGCCAACCAGACCGUCAGAGGACAUUUUUUGGAGAAACCAUUUCCAAGCAUUUCAGAUAUCUUUGUCACAUAUGAGUACAGUCCAAGCCCUUCCCCUCUUAUCACAGUGACACAUAAGCCAGAGGAAGACACCUUGGGAGUAUCUAUCGCAGUGGGUCUUGCGGCUUUUGCCUGUGUUCUCCUGGUGGUCCUAUUUAUUAUGAUCAACAAAUAUGGACGGCGAUCAAAGUUUGGAAUGAAAGGUCCUGUGGCUGUAAUCAGUGGAGAAGAGGAUUCUGCCAGCCCUCUUCAUCACAUCAACCAUGGCAUCACCACACCUUCAUCUUUGGACACUGGCCCAGACACAGUGGUGAUCGGUAUGACCCGGAUUCCUGUCAUCGAAAACCCACAAUAUUUCCGACAAGGCCACAACUGCCAUAAACCAGACACAUAUGUACAGUAUAUUAAGAGAAGAGACAUCAUCCUUAAGAGAGAACUGGGCGAAGGUGCUUUUGGGAAGGUGUUCCUGGCUGAGUGCUAUAACCUCAGUCCCACCAAGGACAAGAUGCUGGUAGCUGUGAAGGCUCUCAAGGACCCAACUUUGGCUGCCCGCAAAGACUUCCAGAGGGAGGCAGAGCUGCUCACCAACCUGCAACAUGACCAUAUUGUAAAGUUUUAUGGUGUCUGUGGCGAAGGAGAUCCACUCAUCAUGGUCUUCGAAUACAUGAAGCACGGGGACUUGAAUAAGUUUCUGAGGGCACACGGGCCGGAUGCAAUGAUCCUCGUGGAUGGACAACCUCGGCAAGUCAAAGGGGAAUUGGGACUUUCUCAAAUGCUGCACAUUGCUAGCCAGAUUGCCUCGGGGAUGGUCUAUCUUGCCUCCCAGCACUUUGUACACAGAGACCUGGCCACGAGGAACUGCUUGGUGGGAGUUAAUCUACUGGUGAAGAUUGGUGACUUUGGAAUGUCCAGAGAUGUCUACAGCACGGAUUAUUACAGGGAAGUGACACAUCCGAAGGGCUAUUACAGCAGAACGUGGCAGCAGCAGAGACUAACAGCCAUGGCAGCUACACCAGUUGGGGGACACACCAUGCUACCAAUCCGCUGGAUGCCUCCUGAAAGCAUUAUGUACCGGAAGUUCACCACAGAGAGCGAUGUCUGGAGUUUUGGAGUAAUUCUCUGGGAGAUCUUCACAUAUGGAAAACAGCCCUGGUUCCAACUGUCAAAUACAGAGGUCAUUGAGUGCAUCACCCAAGGCCGUGUCCUGGAGAGGCCCCGGGUUUGCCCCAAGGAAAUUUAUGAUAUCAUGCUGGGAUGCUGGCAGAGAGAACCUCAGCAGAGGCUGAACAUUAAGGAAAUCUACAAGCUUCUCCAUGCUCUGGGCAAAGCCACCCCAAUCUACUUAGACAUCCUUGGCUAGCAGCAACCAAGCUUUGAAGUUGUUGCUGUGUCUUUUUUCUCCCCACCCUACCUCUCCCUUGACCUCAAGCCAACAUAUUCAUAUAAACUCAAGUGCCUGCUAUACAUACAACACUGAAACGAACAAAAUGGAAAGAGACAAGUUAAAGGGAAACGUGGAAAGCCUCAGUCGUAUGUAAGGCAGUUGGGGCUAUAGACAAAGAGAGAAAGAGAGAGAGAGAGCGAGAGAGAAAGGAAGAGCCUUCGCUCCCGUAGCUGCUGCUAUUAAAAAUAUAACAUCCCAGAAGCAGAAGGAAAAUGUGAGAGGGAUUGAAAGAUUUCUACAGUAUUAAAAAGAACAUGAGGGAAAAAAAAAACAAUAUUUAACUUAAGAUAUGGAAUUGCAAAUCCCACAGUGUCCUUUAGAUUCUUGCUAUUGGGUAGAGUUCAAUUCACUUGGAAACAUUGCACAACAACAACAAAAGAAAAGUUGAAGAAAGUGUGCCUAAUCGGGCACCGAACUGGCAAUGGUCCUGUUAUUCCACGACGAUUGUCCCCUGGAGUAACUUCCUUUUAAGAUAUCUCAUCUACCAUCUUAAUACCAUCAACCCCACCUUGCCCUUCUGCUUUAACAAUUCUGGAACCUCCGUUGUCUCCAGCAUAUCUCAUUCUACUUCAAGGUUUCUGAUUCUCUCCUGUGUGCAAAUGUUUCAGUUUUGGAAUAUAUACCAUUCGGAAGAUUCACUUCACUUACUGGUCAAAUGAAGCAUCAGAGGAACUUCCACCUGGCUGCAAAGAAACAAGAAUGGAUCUAGUAUUGUUUACCUGAUUGUUUUCAUCUUUCCCUUCCUUUUCAAAUGAGAGUCCUGGAAAUAAUCUCAAGGACCCAAACAAAUCUCUGCAAUAGCCAUAUGUGAAGAAAGCUUAUGAAGUAGAUAUCUUGGAGACAAAAUCCCAGCAAGUCUCACUGGAAUAAUUCUAGAUAUGCAAAACACAGAUACGGCAAUUACAACUAUUGCAUUGACAACUAUUGACCCAGCUGUCAAUUCCAACGAAGUGGCUUGAGAGCCAUGAUCUCAGUGGAGGCAGUCCCCCUAAUUUUAUAUAUAUAUAAAAUUCAUAGUGAUUUUUUGCUGCACUUUCCCCCCUGCUUCUUGUAAAGAAUAUUUUACAGUUCUGAUCUAAUCCAACUUCUCAUCAAUCCUAUGUCUGGUAGGUAAUCUGUCCCCAUUCUGGACAUACUGGAAAGAAAGAGGUAUGUCUGAAGGCUCCACAGAGAGUUUACGAUGAAGCACAAAGUAGAAUCCAAAUAUUCUCUAUGUUUACUUCCUCUACUGUGACCUGGGUCAGUCUGUAUCUCUUACCACUUCAGUGAGGAGUGGAUGUUCUCCAUGGUUGUAUCUUAGAAUCCAGCUGAAAUAUUAAUUGAAAGGGGCUGGGUCCCCUCUGAUCAACCCACGGUGAUUCCUCCUAUCCCACCUCCCUCCGUGUUUCUCUAUCCUCCCCAUCCUUUCUGCCUUGGCUUGCCAACCGAUUUUUACCCAAUAAACUUACCAAAAAGAAAACCCAGGGUUGGAAUCUGUUCAGCAGCUAAAAAAGGCAUAAACAGCUGCACCUCCCCUCUACCUCUUCCUUUCUAGUCAAUAUUCCUCUCACAUUAGCAACCUCCUGAAAAAACUGUUGCAUCUUCUCUCAAGACACUGUGAAUGGAGCUCCAUAGGCAGCUUGGCAGCAAGGUGGGGAAGAAGGUAAGGAAGGGGCUUUAGGAGAUGGCAAGCUGUGAUGGACAACGGAAAGCAAAUUUGGGAUGAAAGGAGAGAAUAAUAAAAAGGGCCUUCCUGAUCAUGUUUUGUUGGGGGGGUGUUGAAAGCUAAUGGAGAGCGAUCAAGUCAUUGGCUUAUGCAGUUGGGAGAUACAUGAAAUAUCUUUGGUUUAUUUUGCUCAUGUCAGAUUGGGAGGAGAGCAUUUCUUCUCUACAGAAUUUGGCUGUGGUCAAGCUAACCUCUUGAGACAAGUCUCCCACAAAGACUAAAUGAAUAGUGGGAGGCUCAGGGUAUCAAUGGGACUUUUUUUUUUUUCAGUCCACGUUGCUAAGUGAAAUGAAUACACUUUGCACUUUCUGGAUGAUGGGGCAGAACAGAACACCGCUAUUCUUCUGAUUCUGCACUUCUCUGGAAUUUGUGAUGCUGUUCUUAACCCAAAACGUGCGUGCAAAAGGAAAGGAAAGGAAAAAAAAAAAAGCAUGCGUCGGGGAAGGGUUGUGUACAAAAAAUAUGUAUAUCAGGGAAAUAAAGCAUACAAAAUGAAUAUACUAGGGAAUUUGCGUACAAAAAUAAAUGCCUUCAGGGGAGGUUUACCUGCAGAAAUGACAUGGACUUCCGAUGGAAUGGACUUUCAAAGGAGUACGUGAAAAACGGAAAAAAACACCAUCUGAUCUUUACAUUCCUGGGUAAAAUAUGUCCAAGAGAGAAAAAUACUGCCAGAAGAAGCCUCUUCUCCAGCCUCUUGACGGAGCUAUUUGGGUAGCUGACCCAAUGUUUGUGCCUCAGUGGAAAUUUAGACGUGGCCGAAGCUUGCACUCGUUGUGAUAGUGAAUGUUUUCUUUUGAAAUGAGAGGGUUCAGGGCAAAGAGUGGGGAGACCAAUACAGAACAGAGGUUUGUCGAGUUAGAACCAAGGAGUGCAAAAAUUGGCUUAAAGUGGACUCCCCCAAGUUGCAGCACCUAAUUCACUUGGCUGAUCUCCAAAACGUUAAGCACAUUUGGAUUAGAUUAGUAAUUGAAUGGGAGACCACCAGGAAAUGUUAGGGGUGUGUGGUCCAUGAAGUCAACUGGAACUGAGUUUGACCCCAGAGAGUCUUUAUAUCUACACUGCAGAUAUAGAUAUGUAUUUAACCAUCUAUCCCUCUCUUUAGGGACUCAUAAUCACUGCAUAUCUAAGAAGUGGGUUUGGAGAAGUGAAAUUUCUUAAUACGUUGUUAUUGCACUCUCACCAAAACACAGUUCUCAGGAUUCUUUAGGAGAAGCUGCAACAUUUUUAAAAAAUUGUAUUGAAAUAUCUAGGUUUGUAGCGAGUCGGUGUCCUUAAUAUAUCUAAUAGCUUUGACAUCAGUGUUGAAGGCUUAGUCUCUCCCACGUUAUGCACAUUGCAUAAGUGAACUGAGAAUGCAUUUGGAUAUUAUUUGUUCCUGGACCAAAGGGGAUCUAAAUAAUGAACCCCCGUUAUGUAGUUAUCUUGGAAAUUAAAGUUACAAAAGGAUUGUGCACAUCUGGGAGGAGACCAAGAAAUCCUUGAGAGAAACCAUGUGCAACCUUCAUUUAAUCUUCCUUACAGAUUAUUUUGUCUGCAAUACCUGUAUGUUUGACCAGCUUUAAUGAAUGGUGUCAUUGGCUGAAUAUGUAAAAAGCUUGGGUUUGUGAAAUAUUCCAGGUCACCACCAUUUUCAUCAUUGUCAUGAUCAUCACCAUCAUCACCACUUCUACCACACUACCAAUUUCUGUAAUAUUAUGCAGAGCAAGAAACUUAAAAAGGCACAAAUACCUAAGAAUCCUGCAGUCUCAAAUUUGAGAAAAAGAAAGAAAGAAAGAAAGAAGAAGAAGAAGAAGAAGAAGAAGAAGAAGAAGAAGAAGAAGAAGAAGAAGAAGAAGAAGAAGAAGAAGAAGAAGAAGAAGAAGAAGAAGAAGAAGAAGAAGAAGACAAUAACAAUGAAUAGAUGGACUUCGCAUUCAACUGGCGUUAUCAAAAAUCGUAUCAAACUGGGAAAAAAAAUCAAGAAUAUGUUUAGGCUUUACCCUUUGCCAGUUUCUUAUAAGGAUAUAAGAAGAUCAUUUUGUGGGCAUCCAAAACACAAAGAGGUGCAAUUGAUGCCACUUGUUGGAUUUUAAAUCCGGUCCUUCCAUGAGUCUCCUAUCUGACUUAUCUUGCUCUUUGGGAGACAGGAGGAAAUGGCACAUGGGGAAAGGAACAUCUUCUUCAUAUCUGGGAAAUAAUAUAGCCUCUGUCUAAAUCAUGUCUAGAGAAAUUAGUGGUGGAGUGGUGGGAAAGAGUGAAGGAUUUGUUCUCCUCCCCCAAUUAUUCCAUUGACACAUUAGGACUGAAUUCAGUUUUCCAGUUUUAAACUAAGGUCUACAUUGAGAAAAAAAAAAAAAAGAACCAUUCUGGCUUGGGAAACCACUUGGAGCUGUAACCCAUUCAUUUUUUCAUGAACACAUUUAUACACCUAGGAACACAUGCUUUCUAAGAAUCAUCGUGGAACACGAUGAAGUUGAUUCCCUCCUUGCCUCUAAGGAUCCUUAUCCUAAUGUUCUUUCUUGGGUGCUAUUAAGUAGAGAGGAAACAGUAAAUUUGAUAAAGAGUUACUGAUGAGAAGGAUAAAGCAUCUCUCCUGACAUAAUCUUGAUCAAGAUUGCUGUUUCUUAGCAGCUAAUGACAAUGGAUAAAGAACAAUCUUGAUAAGGUUCAUUGGGGGAAAGGACGGGGUUAAACAGUUCCUUCUCUGCUUGCUUCUCACCAGUCAUCUUUACCACAAAGGAUGGGUUUUUUUUUUUGCUGUUAACAGUAUUGAGGAGGUUUGUUGCCUGCUCAAUAGAUGAUUAGCUGUUUUUGCAAGGAAAAUAGUGUAGGGUUUGCGUGUAUGUGCAUAUGUGCACGUGCACACUUUCCUAAAGUCACCCUCUCUCCAAAACUUCUAUACAUUCCCCAUCUGUUGUCCUCUUUUAAAAAAAAAAAAAAAAAAAAAUCUCAGUUCCACUAUUAUGCCAUCUGUCAUCAUUUGUCUGGAGUUUUUAUUUCAUAUUGGAACAGUCCAUCUUCAAAUACUGCUUGGGAUGUAAAGGUUAUAAUAUGUGCGAUGCAUGAAAUGGAAAUGACAGCAACGUAUUUUGGAUGUGUGGGAGGCAAAAGGCAGUGUUUUAAAAGUUUGGUUAUUUAAAAAAGUGAAGCCAAAUCGUCUGUAUUAGGAGAAAAAGAGUUGCCAAGAUGGAAAUUAUCUUAUUGGGGGCCGUUGCGACCAUAAAUAAUAAAAGCAAACAUAAAUGACCAA